AUGACAUCGACAUUAGCUUCCGAAAUCAUUGACGAUAAUAGAAAGUAUUAUUGGAAUCAGCACAUCGCUGCUUUUGUAGUUAUAAAUUUAGCCUCUCUCGGCGGUUUCGCUCUCGGUGUUACGCUCGGUUGGAAUUCUAGCGCAGCAGAGGUCCUUCGAAAUAUCUUGAAUGCUAGCAAUAUCGAGAUCGGUUUUGUCGGUAGUAGCUUGAACGUUGGUGCUUGCAUCGGUAUAAUAUUCGUAUCUUUUCUUAUGAGAUACCUCAGCCGUACCACAAUCAUAUUCUUAACUAUACCAGGAUUUAUCAUCGGGUGGACGUUUAUCUGCUUCGCCGGCAAGAAAAUUUUGCUUCUUAUAAUCGGUCGGUUGAUAUGUGGUGUGAAUGGUGGAAUAUUCUGCAUUCUGAUUCCGAUUUUUAUCGCGGAAAUAGCAGAUAAAAAUUCAAGAGAACAACUUCUUAUGUAUUUUCAUCUCUUGAUCAACUGUGGAAUUAUGUAUGCUUUUGUAGUCGCCUAUAUAUUAGAUGAAUACGAUGCUAUAUGGAGAUAUAGCUUUAUCUGCGCUGUAACGUGCCUCGCAAUUGCAUUAAUAAAGAUAGUGCCUGAAAGCCCUCUAUAUCAUCUUAUUAAGAACAACGAAAUUAAGGCUAAGGAUUCUUUAAAAUGGUACCGUGACCGAGCUUACGAUGACGUCGAAAUGGAAGAAUUAAAAUAUCUUGCUGUUAUAAGCCAUACGAAAAAGGACACAAUGAAUAUCUUAAAAAAUCGACAUAUUGUGCGUUCCUUCUUCACGUGCUUCUUCGCAUUCUUGGCUCAGCAAUUGAGCGGCAUUAAUAUUAUGAUCUUUUACUCAUUGACGCUUUUCAAUGUCGGCGGAUCGGGCGAUUUAACUGCAAGCGAACAAACCAUCGUUAUAGGUGGAAUACAAAUACUGUCUUGUUUCCUAGCUAUGAGUUUGGUCAACAUAAUCGGACGUCGAAUAUUAUUAAUUAUAUCUUCGAUGCUUAUGGGAUUGUUCUUGAUGUUGUUAGGAUGGUUUUAUGAAUUGAGGGAUCAAGAUCCAGAAUACGAUGACAUAUAUUUUUGGAUGCCGCCGACUUGGACAACCCUUUUUUUCGUCGCUUUUAAUAUUGGUGUUGGUCCGAUAUCGUGGGCAUUGCUGGGCGAUACUUUUCCAAUGCAAAUAAAGGAGAUUGCUGUUGCGUCCGCAGUUACUUUCAACUGGCUGUUAUGUUUAAUAGCAACGAUGACCUUCGGGGAAAUGCUGGAAGUUCUCGGAGUAACAAAGGUUAUGUGGCUCUUUGCUGGUUUUUGCUGGCUAGCUGGAAUUUUUUGCGCUCUUCUCGUAAAGGAUACUCGUGGUCAUAGUCUGGCUAAAAUACAAGAGAGUUUUGGCAUCGAAGAAUAGACGAGUUGAAAUGGAUAGCGAAGAGUGAACCUGAAAUAUCGGAUGAAAUACAUGAAGUCACAGAUGCAAGUCAAAGAUGCAAAUCUU